GGGAUGCCAGUAGUCUCUUUGGACAUCUCAGAGUCAACAACAAUGUUUGCUUUGCUGCUGCUGAUCGUGCUGGCUUCUUACUCCUCUGCUCUGCCUCUGCAGACUGGAAAGACUGAUGAUAUGCUUUUUGCUGAGAAAUACCUUCGUCAGCUCUAUCGUCUGCCAGCUGGUCUUCAAGGUACACAGACAUCAUCAAGCGAUUUUCAGAACAAGAUCAGGCAAAUGCAAAGAUUUUUUAAACUUGAGGUAACUGGAAACCUUGAUAAAAACACUCUGGAGGUGAUGAAGCAGCCCAGAUGUGGUGUACCAGAUGUUGGGGAGUACAACCACUUCCCUCGACAUCUCAAAUGGGCAAGCAACAAUGUCACUUUUAGGAUAGUGAAUUACACUCCUGAUUUAAAGAGAACGGAUGUAGACAGAGCCAUCAGAAAUGCCCUGAAUGUUUGGGCUGAUGUUACCCCUUUGACCUUUAAGAAGCUUCACGAGGGCAAUGCAGACAUUAUGAUCAGCUUUGGAUCAAGAGAGCAUGGUGACUACAAUCCAUUUGAUGGGCCUGACGGACUGCUGGCUCACGCCUACCCUCCAGGCCAGGGCAUUGGGGGAGACACUCACUUUGAUGAAGACGAACACUGGACCAAAGAUUCAUCAGCUUACAACUUGUUUAUUGUAGCUGCCCAUGAGCUGGGUCAUGCACUUGGUAUGUCCCAUUCAUCAGACCCAGGUGCCCUCAUGUACCCAGUCUACUCAUUUAGCACUGGCUACCCAUUGGCUGAAGAUGACAUUGAAGGAAUUCAAGCUCUCUAUGGUCCCAACCCCAACCCGAAAAAAAGGAAAGCAAAGCCUGAUGCACCUACCAAAUGUGACCCUGAAUUGAGUUUUGAUGCUGUAACAGAGCUACGAGGAGAAACCAUUGUUUUUAAAGACAGGUUCUAUUGGCGUCUACAUCCCAAUAUGGCAGAGCCUGACCAGACACUAAUCAAGUCCACAUGGCCCUACCUCCCAAACAAAGUGGAUGCAGCUUAUGAAUAUCCAGAGAAGGAUUUAGUUUUUGUGUUUAGUGGAAUCCGAGUGUGGGCCUUAAAUGGAUAUACACUUGUGGACGGCUACCCAAAGUACAUACACAAACUUGGUCUUCCUAGAUCUGUUAGAAAGAUAGAUGCAGCUGUGCAUAUCAAAGAAACAGGGAAAACACUGCUAUUCACCGAAGAAGAAUACUGGAGUUAUGAUGAAGAAAAGGGCACCAUGGAUGCUGGCUUUCCCCGAUCUACUGAGGAUGACUUCCCAGGAAUGCAUGAUGAGUUUGAUGCAGUUACUUUUAACCACGGCCGCCUCUAUUUCUUCCAUGAAUCUUUGCAGUAUGAGUACAGUUACAACUACAGGAAGGUCAUUCGCAUUAUGAGGACCAACUCCUUCCUGAACUGCUCAUGAGACUGCAACCAUCAUUUAGAAUUGUUAUGUGUGAAUAUAGCUGGCUAUAUCUGAACAGAUGAUAAACUGUUGUGAAGAGACAUUGCACAGUAUAGUGUGGAAGAUAAAUGGAUGAGAUUGUAAGGAACUGUCGGGACGGUUGUCUGUGUUUGACACAGAAUCCUAUGAUUCUCUGGAAUUUCAUGAACUAUUUAUUUUUGGAUGUGUUGCUUAUUUAUAGGUUUUGAAGCAGAUAUUCAUUAUUAUCUGAUAAAAUUGCAUUUUAUGGUUGACUGAAUUCCAAAGUUUACAUUGAUUCACACCAGUUCCAAAUAAAGUCUCUUAUUCAAUGCUGAA